CUCUUGCACUAAUUUUCUUUCCCCAUCCCAAAAUCUUAUUUUUCCCGCGCAUACAAAUUCUCUUCCAAAUCCCAAAAGUUUUCUUUUCCCCUUUGUAUGUAACUCUCCGCUUCUCCCUCUCGAAACCCUCUCUCCCUCUCUCAAGAUUCCGAUGGAUGACUUCUCGGCUCCCUCCUUCUCCCUCGGACUCGAUCUCGACAUCGCCGAUCUCCCCACCGAAGGCGAGGAAGACAAAGAAGAGGAACAACGAGAGCUUCCUCUCCCAACGCCGACGCAGGCAAGAGGAUCUCCAACCUUUGAUCUCCUCAGCGACGAAGAAUUCGAAGAAGAUCUUGGCCUACGAGAAACCCUAAUUCCGAAUCCUGACCAAGAUCCUCCUCCUCCUCCUCCGGCCCUCAAGCGUUUGAGAAGAGGCCCUCCUGCUCCUCCUCCUCCGGCCCUAAAGCGAUUGAGAAGAGGCCCUUCUCCUCCUCCUCCUCCUCGGCCUCCUUCGCCAGCUGCUCCUUGUCCUCCAUGCGAUGGCGGCGGCGGAGGGAACCGUGGACCCACGAUCUUCACCGACGUCGAUGAUGAGAUCGAGGAGUUCUCGCCGCAAGAGGAGCGCCGGCAUAGCCAAGUUGUAGGUGGAUGUUCAUCAGUACAAAGCUGCAAUACUCGUAGCAGUUCAAAGUUUCUUCUACAUAACCGUGGGAUCUUGACAAGUCAACAAACAAGCAAAUUGAAGACUCCAAAAAUCUCACCAGCUUCCGAUGCCUCAACAUCAACAAUAGUAGAGCAAAGCAGCAAUAAGAAAUUGUUCCCAAAAUUAACCAUCAGCCCCCUUAGGAAAAUUUAUUUACUGGAUUCAGAUUCAGAUGAUCCAUCUCGUGAAGAUGAAUAUGAAGAUGGAAAAGAAGUUGAUAAAUCUCAAGAAAGGAGACAAGCUACUACCAUGACCAGGAAUAGGCAGGAAAAGUCAUCAUUGCAAGCCAAUAAAGUCCAUGGGGAAAGUUUUUGGAAGGACUUGAGCUGUAAGAAGAACAUGAACUUGGCAACACCUGCUUUAGAUGAGAUCUGUGAAGAGUAUUUCAGGUCAAUGAAGGAUCAAAAUUCAGUUCAGUCUAAGGAAGAGAAUAUGAAUUUUUGCAGUUCCAGAAUUCCUGAUCCAGACAAUUUUGUUGAAGACUUUGAAGAUCAUCAUCACCAGAAACACAUCAAUGGAAGAACUCAGCAAAAUAGGAACUUGCCCAAUUCUCAACCUCCUUCAUAUCGGUACUUCUACCAUAGCGAUGCAAGUAUCCGAACAUUAGUUCAGAAACGGUUGCCAUUCUUUAAUCCUCUAGGUGCAGAAAAAUAUAGAGGAAAUCAGGAGUCUGGAGCAGAAAAUUUUGAUUAUAUGGGUCAAUUUGGCUCCAGAGAUGUUCCCAGGCAAGCCCGCAGAUCUUGCGAGGGGCGUUCUGAAGUAAGCUCAAAAAGCAGAAGAAAACCAAACAGUGAUAAUCUUAAGGAGGCCUCACAUGCGAAUGGAAGUUGGGUGAACCCUAGAAGCUGUGCUAACAUUCCAAAAGAUGCUGCAAAAAGGCGAGUUCGUGCUGAUGGCCGUCAAUCUGGUCAUUGGUUUACUAGCGAGGAUGGAAGAAAGGUUUAUGUCGCUAAAAAUGGUGAGGAACUGACAGGUCAAAUUGCCUAUAAACAAUACAAGAAGGAGAGCGGUCUUGGGUUCCGAAACUCAAGAAAGAAAGGUGCUGUUAAGAAGAAAAAAGGGGACGUUGGACGAGUCAGACGUGGAAAAUGAGUUGGUUUCUUCUGGAUAAUGUUGACAGAAUUGUGCUAAUGAUGUUGUAUGAUGUAAUGAAAAUACCGAGUGUUCAGUGUAUUCAAGUCCAUGCUGCGGCUACAACAGAAUUGGGCGCGAGUUUUAGUACAUCCAAGUAGUUAAAUUUAUGGGGAAAAUGUGUCACUAUCAUUCUCACCUAACAUGUUUUUCUUUCAACUUGAAAACUCUGCAGGUUAACGAUUAUCUGAAAUGUUUAACACAAAUUAAAUGCUAUUUUGGAAAUUAAUUUUGUCAGAUGCUAA